AUGGACAAAUCUAUCACGGUUGGGAUCAUUGGCAUGGGCGACAUGGGGCGGAUGUACGCUCGGCGACUGAGUCAAGCUGGCUGGAAAAUCUGUGCGUGCGAUCUGCCUGCAAAAUAUGAGACACUGAAGCGCGACUUCGAGAACGAGAAAGGCAUCACAGUCCUGCCAAACGGCCACCUUGUCUCAAGAGUCAGCGAUUGGAUCAUCUACAGCGUCGAAGCUGAAUUGAUCGAACGAGUCGUGGCUGAGUAUGGCCCCUCGACAAAGGUGGGUGCCAUCGUUGGUGGGCAGACGUCUUGCAAAGCGCCUGAGCUGGCAGCUUUUGAGAAGUACUUGCCACCAGACGUCGAGAUUGUCUCAUGCCAUUCGCUGCACGGGCCCGCUGUAGAUCCCAAAGGCCAGCCCCUAGUCAUUAUCCAACACAGAGCCUCCCAGCAAAGUGUGGAUCUUGUGGUCAAGAUCCUGUCGUGCUUGCAAUCCAAGGUUGUGUUUCUCUCGGGAGAACGCCAUGACCGGAUCACAGCUGAUACCCAGGCUGUUACACACGCUGCGUUCCUGAGCAUGGGCAGUGCUUGGGCGGCCAACAACCAGUUCCCAUGGGAGAUCAACCGAUAUGUUGGCGGCAUCGAGAAUGUUAAGAUCAACAUCAUGAUGAGGAUCUACUCCAACAAAUGGCACGUCUACGCUGGCUUGGCAAUUUUGAACCCUGCGGCAAAGCAGCAGAUUCGACAAUAUGCAACAUCUGUCACUGAGCUGUACAAGCUCAUGCUUGGCGGACACAGACAGGAGCUCACUGAUCGCAUAAAGACAGCAGGUGCAGCUGUGUUCAAGCAGGAUGCUCAAGAUCAGGGUUUGCUCCUAUCAGAGGAGACGCUGGACCGCUUCUCGCUGUCCAAGGGCCCAAAGGAGCGUAUGCGCAACAAUCACCUGAGUCUGCUCGCUAUUGUUGACACCUGGUGGAAGCUCGGAAUCGUGCCAUAUGAUCAUAUGAUAUGUUCGACACCGCUCUUUCGGAUCUGGUUGGGAGUCACAGAGGCACUGUUCCGCAAUGAUGCUCUCAUCGACGAAGUCAUUGAUACCGCUAUCGAGGACAAUACAUUCCGGUCUGACGACCUAGAGUUCACAUUCGCCGCACGGGCAUGGUCUGAUUGUGUGUCCUUCGGCGAUUUUGAAGCAUACCGGGAUCGAUUUGAAAAGUUUCAGAAGUACUUUGCACCACGAUUUCCUGAGGCUGUCAAAUUGGGUAGCGAUAUGAUAAAGACUAUCGUUGAACAAACGAAGUCGUGA